AUGAUAUCGCAGUGGAAACUUCGGGCAACAGUCUGCACUCGUUUAGUUCCACUCUGCAGUGGAGUUGUGGCGGCCUGCGGUCCAAAAUCCGCUUAUGUAAUAAACUCACAACAUGAUGAGGAGCUUUGCCGCUGCACAAUGCCUGUGGAAGCAAGUACAUAUGCCCUUUGGAUUCCUCAAGGGCUUAGCGCUAGACAAACAGCUGCUAUUUAUACUACAAAUGAUAAUAAGCACAUGAUAUCUGAGGUGUCUGAGACUGGUGAUAAACGGAGCGCCACGUUGCCAAACCUAUGUAGUGGUGUGUUUCUCUUAAUGAAUUCCUCUGCGCCAGCAGUACAUUUUGCGUUAGAGGACCAGCCUCUCGAACGUGUUGAAGCUCUACAGGUACUUUUUCAUACUGUUCUUGCUGUUAAAACGCGUCAUGAAGUGAUUUUUUACUAUCUUGACCACGACUUAGUUAGUGCAGCAGCAGCUUCCAUUAAUGGAAAGCCACUUGCAACCUUGAGAAAAGUGGGUCCUGUGGUCAUGCUCCCAUAUCAACAAAGCAAUGUCGAUACCAAAAUUAGCGCAGCCGGGGUGGAUGCCACGGCCGAGUCAAAAAAAUUUGUAGUGGUUCAGACCAGUGCAGAUUCCGACUUAUGGGUGUGCCGUUUAGUUAUUGACGGUCGAGUAGUGGUGCGGGAGGAUCUCAAGUUACCCUUGGGUGGCGUACCGCUUCCGUCGUCCUGUGAGCUUCGCAGUUGGGCUGUAAACUGGGAAAAGGGGGAGCUGUUGGCGCUUGUGCACCAACACGAGGAGGAGGAUAAUACCACUGCAACCGUGCUUUCGCUGAGCUUUGAUGGGGCCUACCCCGGGGUGAUUUCAAAGACCUGGAGCACCCAACCUGUGGGUUUUUUGAGUGUCGAAAGCAGGCGUACCCUACAAACCGCGGAUGUCUUGUGCUGUACAGAUAAAGGGGAAGUAUGGAGCGUGGAUAGGACAACAGGGCCCAGUGUGUCGCUGUGCCACGUAAACAACCCCACUCUGACAGAGGAGUUACUACCUGGCAGUAGGGUAUCGACCAAAGUGAUGGCGGUGGCGUGCGGUGACAUUAUUUACGUCUUGGCGGGCUGCACCGUUUACUCAGUGCCUUCCACGUCUACAAGGAGUGGUGGUGAUCUCAUUACCCGAACUGACAACAACUUCCUCGGCUGGAUUCAGCAACAGCAGUUGUCCCUACCAGAGAGCUCGGUUGAGCCUCAAAAUCUGACUACACUUGUAGAGUGGCUUUCAGGUGGCGAUAGGGACAUUGAGAAAGACAAGGCACCCAAACACGUAGUAAGGGAUUUUACAUACAUAGUCAAGGAUUCGACAUCCGCAUCGUACCGCCACGCGGUGUUUGAUGCACUGAUGAAUCGAUUCUCUGAGCGUCAAGGUUGCAAAGAACCGCAUGUCGGCUAUUCCACUGCUCUGGUUUCUUACUUGAUCACGUCCGAGUCGAUCCAUCCCUUUACCAUAUUUAAAGCUUUCCACCACGCUGAUGCAUCACUUGCCCUUAGCAUUGCCGUGAUACUAUCACGUAAGGCAAACCUGUACCGAGGUAGUCUUCAACACGCACCCGAACUGAUGCGUGCUGCAGCCGCAUUCUUCUCAUUUGACAUUCAGCUCUCCAUUGAAAAAAAACGGUAUCUUGCAACAGUCUGCGAGACUGCACUCUCAGCCCUAGCUAUCGGUGCUCUGGGUGCAGUUAGUAUUCUGUUAUGCAUAGCCGACAUGGGGAUGCGACAUAUUUACGGCACCUGUUAUCGCUCUGAGACGUGUCCACAAUCAGCAGAUACUGAAUCGACCGUUGAGAUGCGUAAGCUUGAGGGAUUCAUCGCUGAAGCGAUAAAUGUCAUAUCAUCGUACUCGGAAUGGGCACUCAACAUAGCUGCCACAUCGUUAGGCGUGAUGUCGGCCCACAUAGGAGAACCUAGUAACAUCAAAAAGGAGGUCUGCAUACGAGAUGGUAGGUCCCAUCCAAUCGCUACUUCACGUUCUGUAGAGAUCGAAGUUUUCAAACCUCGGCGUUCUUAG